GGGCCUUCCUCCCCCUCCUGCUCGCCCCCGAGGGUGCCCCGGGGGCGCUGCGCCGCCAGCGCCCGCCUCGGCAGGCACCGCGCAGCGCGGAGCAGCACGAGGAGGAGGAGGGGGAGGAAGGCGAGAGCAGAGGCCCGGAGAGCGCAAACCCGGGCUGCUCGCGGAGCGGUGACGCAGGGCCCGGCGGCCGCGGUGAAAGCGAGGCCACGCGCGGCACACGCGUGAGAGGAGCUCGCCGGCGGGGAGGAAGAGGAGAUGCCGUCUUUCCGAUCCCGGCCGAACGGCAGGACCCGGCCCGGCUGCAGCCAGUGUCGGAGGAACCUGUCGCCUCGGACGGCCGUGCGGGUGCUCUACGCCGUCGCCGUCCUGCUCGCCGUCGCCGUGACCGUGCUGGCGUCCCUGGUGUUCAAGAAAGUCGACUCCGUCUCCAAUGACAUCAGCUCUGCCCAGACUUACUACGAGAAGAAGAUCUUAUCCAUCCAGGAAGACCUCCAGGAGCUGGAUCAGAAGGCCUUGGGGAACUGCUCCCUUUGCCAUGAGACGGGGCAGCUGGGGCAGGAGAUCACCAAGCUGCAGGGCGAGCUGGAGGAGAUCCAGAAGAUGCUCCUGGUGCAGGAAAUCCUGCUUGACCGGACCUCCCAGACCCAUGACCUGCUCUCAUCCACCAGCAACAAGAUUACCAGCGAGGUGGACAACUGCUCCUUCUCCAUCCGGCAGGUCAACCAAAGCUUGGGGCAAUUCCUUGCCCAGGUGGGAGGCUGGCAAGCGGUCACCUCCGAGCUGGACAGCUCUCUCAAGGGGCUAGUGCAGGAGCGCUACGACGUCAGGGCAGCCAUGCAGCAGAUGAACUUCACCCUGGGGCAGACCUCCGACUGGAUCCACCUGAUCCAGAGGAAGACGGACGAGGAGACGCUGACGCUGCAGAAGAUAGUGACCGAGUGGCAGAAUUACACCCGAGUCUUCAGUGGGCUGCGGGCCACAUCCUCCAAGACCAGCGAGCUGGUCAAGAGCAUCCAAGGCAGCGUUGGCUCUGCAGCCCAGCAGGUCAGCCAGAACUCGGAGAGCAUGCACGAACUGGUGCUGCAAGUGAUGGGGCUCCAGCUGCAGCUGGACAACAUCUCCUCCUUCCUGGACGACCACGAGGAGAACAUGAACGACCUGCGCUACCACACCAGGUACACGCAGAACCGCACGGCCGAGCGCUUCGAGACCCUGGAAGGCCGCAUGACCUCCCACGAGAUCGAGAUCAGCACCAUUUUUGCCAACAUCAACGCCACCGACAGUCACGUCCACAGCAUGCUGCGCUACCUGGACGACGUGCGGCUCUCCUGCACCCUGGGCUUCCACACCCACGCUGAGGAGCUCUACUACCUGAACAAGUCCCUCAGCCUGGCCCAGAGCACCACGGACCUGCUGCGGGAACGCUUCAGCCUGCUCAGCGCCCGGCUGGACUUCGACAUCCGCAACCUGUCCAUGAUCAUGGAGGAGAUGAAAGUGGUGGACGUCCGGCACGGAGAGAUGCUGAGAAACAUCACCGUCGUGCGAGGUGCGCCGGGCGUCCCGGGCCCCCGCGGCCUCAAGGGCGACGCGGGCACCGAAGGCCCCGCAGGCGGCAAGGGCGAGAAGGGCGACGCGGGCAGCUUGGGCUCGCCGGGCGCUGCGGGCUCGCCGGGCGCCGCGGGCGUCCCCGGCCCCCCGGGCGUCCCCGGCCCCCCGGGCGCCAGGGGCUUCCCCGGCCUCAAGGGCGCCAAGGGCAGCUUCGGGCAAGCCGGCUCCACGGGGCGAGCGGGGCCCAAGGGAGACGCGGGCGCCCCGGGGCCGGCCGGGGCUCCGGGACCGGCUGGACCCGCCGGUCCGCAAGGCAAACCGGGAAUCCCGGGGAAGCCCGGCGCUCCGGGCAGGAUGGGGCCGGCGGGACCCAAAGGGGAUCCCGGUGCCCCGGGUCCCCCCGGCCCGCCGGGUCCCGCGGGACAGUGACGCCGAGCCGGGGCCGGAGGAGGGCGGGCCGGGAGCCGCGGCGGGUUCGGGGCGCCCAAGGGGCUGGUCCCCGGCCGGGAGCCGCCGCGGGGGUCGCGCGGGCCGCGGGGCGGCCGCUCGGCGCCGGGGCCCCCCGGCGCCCCCCGCACCGGCACUGUACUCGGGGCGCAAUAAAGCUCUUUGGGGA